CUUGAUUCGAAAAUGGAUAAAGGUACGAAGCGACAGAAAAAGCAAGCAGCAGCCGAAGGGUCCAAGGAUGUAAAGAAGCUAAAGCUCGCCGUGAAGGAAGAGCCAACGGGCUCGUCGGAACUACCGACGCAGCAGCCAGUACCAGUAGUGCCAGAAAAUGAUCCCAACAUCUCCCGCCUACGGAAGGACAUUCACGAUUGGAUGGAGAAACAGGCCGAAUAUGAAAGUGCGGACCUGGACACACUUCUCGAAGAGAGCAACCAUUUGGCAGAGCAGGAAGAGAUAAUAGAUCUUGAUCGUGUUGAGGCACCGUUAAAGAAGCUACUGAACGGCUAUUCGGAUGAAGAGAUCCGGAAAUCCAUCAAGUACGAGUGCGAGUGGCGCAAAUGUACGUUCAUGUCGGGAAAUGAUCGUAAAUAUUUCCUGCACGUAGAAUCGCAUGCCGAACUGGCGAUGGUAAACCAGAGCGAUAGCUAUACCUGCGAGUGGGAUCUGUGCGGUUUUACCACCGAGGACGAUUACGAGUAUAUGGGCCACAUACACUACCAUGCGUACCAUACGAAGCUGAAGGUACAUGGAGCCGGUGUACACAUGCUGGCGAAGUUGCCCAGCUGCAACAACGACAGUCGGUUGCGAAACACCAUCACCAACUCGCCGGUAACGUUUCGCUGCGAGUGGAACAAUUGCAACGAGCGGUUUAACAAGGCGAUGCACUUUUUCCAUCACGUUCGCAACCACAUAUGUGAUGAGUUUCCGACGAACAGCAAAACGAGUGAGAGUGGAGUCGAUUGUCUUUGGUCGCUGUGUAAGGAGCGGUUCAAAAUGAGGUAUUUUGCUUUGUUGCAUGUGAAAAAGCAUACGACCGAGCGUGAUAUUGCGUGUUACACGUGCGGCACUACGUUUUGGGCGCGCUUGAAAUUAGUUUAUCAUCUAAUUCGCCAGAUUGAAAUGUCUCAGCGUAAAUAUAACUGCUCGAUAUGCGGUCGAUUCUACGCCACAAAUGCGCUGCUAAAAUCCCAUGCCGAAUCGCACGAAAUGUCGCACCAGUGCACGUUAUGCCCGUUAAAGACAGGUGCCGCAAGUAUGCUUGCCGCCCACAUGCUCCGAGUGCACCUGAAACAACGGAACUUCAAGUGUAAUCGGUGUGAGUAUGCGGCAUUCUCCAACUUGGAGCUAAAGAGCCACAUGAGAACACACGAUAAGACGAAAAUCUUUCGAUGCGAAGAGUUUGGAUGUAAUGUCGCCUACAGGAGUUUGCUCGCCAUGAAGAAGCACUUUGCCUGGCAUUACAAUCUACCCACGACGAUGUACGGAUGUCACAUUUGCACCGACAAAACGUACAAAAACGCGUACCAUCUAACGAAGCAUUUGCGGUUUGUCCAUAAGCUUGAGAGAGCUCCCGGCUACUUCCGGUUUGCAUACAAACCCGACACCGACGGUAUAAACCGGCUCUCGACGUACGUUGAGCAGAAGCUGAAGCAAACGAGAGCGAAUAACGCAACCUCGGUUUCUGCGGAGGAGACGGCCACGAAGAGUGACCAGAAAAAUAACAAGGCAGCAGCUGCCGCUGGUAGGAAAGCAAAAUCAAACGAAAAAGCUCAGGAGCAGAUUAAUGCUGCGUUAAACCAGCAGGAAUCGUCUCACGAUGCAAGCGCUUACGCGCCGAUUAAAGGAAAGCCGAAGAUUAACUUCGUUAAAGCUAUCGGUGUGCAUGAAUUUUUAGUUGAGCUUGGUAUAGAAAAGGAACCGGCGGAAGCGGAACAGAGCUCAGUACCGGUCGAAUCGGUCGAUAGUUCGACAGUCAGCCGAAGUGAAACAACAAAAGCACAGCCCAAGCGCACCACGGAGACGGUACGAAUGAAGCGUGAAAAAGAACACGUUGCUAGACUUGAUACGUCACAUGAUGAGGAAUCGUCGAACGAAGGGGGCGAUGGGGUAGCAACACAAACUCCACAACAGCCAAAAGAUGUGAAGGAUUUUACGGUUAUGAGGCGUUACUUGAAAUCAAGCAAGAAAUCGGUUUAA